UUCCGGUUUAGGAUUCAGUUCUCACAGUCCCAUGGUUGCCCAGAAAGUACUCACAAAUAAAAACCCAUCGGUUGCGCAAGACUACGCCAUUGGUUUGUAUCUGGGCCGAAAAGCCGUGAAGGCUCGCGGCGUUGUAGAAGACCGGAAGAGUCCGGCGUUAAUCUUUGGAUCGUCUUCCACAACAUCAUGAGUCCUCUGGCCGAGUUGGUGAAUGGACAGACUAUCGUUACUAUUCCCUCUUUCACCCUUGAGAAUGGCGUGGAACUCAAGAAUGUACCCGUUGCCUACAAAACCUGGGGGAGACUGAAUGACGCUGGAGACAACGUCAUGCUUAUAUGCCAUGCAUUCACCGGCAGCGCGGACGUUGAAGAUUGGUGGGGACCUUUAAUGGGACCUGGUAAGGUCUUCGAUGCGUCAAGGUUCUUCAUCUUCUGCGGGAACGUCCUGGGAUCUCCUUAUGGGUCUGCGUCGCCACUUACCAUCGACCCUGAUACCGGCCUCCAUUAUGGACCUGAAUUCCCUUCAACCACCAUCCGGGAUGACGUUCGGUUACAUAAAAUCAUACUCGAUAGGCUUGGUGUUUCCUCCGUUGCGGUGGCUAUUGGUGGCUCCAUGGGAGGAAUGGCAGUUCUCGAAUGGCCGGUUUGCGCUCCGCCAGGCUACAUCCGAAACAUCGUACCCGUCGCCACAUCCGCAAGACACAGCGCUUGGUGCAUUAGUUGGGGCGAGGCACAGCGCCAGUCUAUCUAUAGCGAUCCACUCUAUGCGGAUGGAUACUAUGACAUCAAUGAUCUGUCAAAACAGCCGACGACUGGCUUAGCGGCCGCCCGUAUGGCUGCAUUAUUAACUUAUCGGUCGAGAGAUUCGUUCGAGAGUAAAUUUGGAAGAAAAAUACAAGCACCAACGACCCAAUAUUCGAGCGGCGUCAUGACCCCUCCUGAUUCGCCGAGAAAUCGCGCUGCGGAAGCGCGAAAUGCACAUAACGAUGGCUGCCGCAAGCCUCAAACCUCUGCAAUCCCUUCUUCCCCUUCUUCAAGAGCUCCCGCUGACGGCGCCCCCAGCGCCGUGGAUUCAUCUGAAUCAGCUCCGCCAGAGAGGCCCACUUCCCUCUUCAGGGCUCAGUCAUACCUAAGGUAUCAGGGUGAAAAAUUCAAUUCCCGUUUUGACGCGAACUGCUACAUACACAUUUCUCGCAAACUCGAUACUCAUGACCUCGCUCGGGACCGGCUACCCCCCGGGUCCGCAUCUGGGGUGCCAGCGGACCCUGAUGCCUCUCUAACAGCCGUCCUCUCCACACUCCCCCAUCACACACUCGUUAUCUCGAUCUCGUCCGACGGUCUUUUCACGCCCUCCGAGCAAUCCCUUAUUGCAACUUGUAUUCCCAAUGCAAAACUCAUUACGAUUCCUAGCCCGGAUGGACAUGAUGGUUUCUUGCUUGAAUUCGAAGCGAUCAACAAGGCGAUUCUGGGAUGGAUGAAGGAGAGGUUGCCGGAAAUCAUGAACGCUGCGGUGGAUAUCGCACAGCCCAGGAAGGAGGAUGACUUUCGUAUCACGAAAACAUCCACAUUUGGGGAGGCAGAGGUGGAUGUUACCCAGUGGUGAAAAAUCGCGGUCCUAUCGUGUAACUGUAUCGUUCAUAGAGGUCUGCUCGAAACUGUGAUAACAGACACAUUGUAGCCAGAAGUUAAUAAAAAGUUUCAUAUACUAGUCCAAG